AUGUUAGCAAGUCUUUGGGUGCAGUGUCCCAUCAUUUCUUUGACAGAUUGUAUAGCACAGCUUUAUUUCCUUGUUGCCUUAAUGAGCACUGAAGGAUUCCUACUUGCCUUCAUGGCUCUUGACCGCUAUUUUGCUAUAUGCUGCCCUUUGGUCUACACCAGACUCAUGACUAAAUGCACCUGUCUCCAGCUAGCUACCAUAUCUUGGGUUUGUGGUUUUGUAAAUUCUUCUCUCCAUACAACACUCACAUUCCGUUUGUCAUUCUGCCAGUCUAAUAGGAUUAGUCACUUUUUCUGUGACAUCCCCCCAUUAUUGAGUAUCUCAUGCUCUGAUAUACUAUUUAAUAAAGUUGCUAUUUUCACAGUUGGCAUAUUUAUAGGUCUUAGCCCUUUCUUUUUAACAUUGGUCUCUUAUGCAUUCAUCCUUCAUGCUAUUAUGAGCAACGACCACAAAGGACGGCAUCACAAAGCCAUUUCUACUUGUGCAUCUCACAUUCUAGUUGUGAUUCUGUUUUAUGGCUCUGCUAUCUUCACAUAUUUCAAUCCCACAUCUACUCAUUCAUUUGAAAAAUAUCAGCUUGUGGGGGUUUUAUAUAAUAUUUUGACUCCCACACUCAAUCCCAUAAUCUACAGUUUACGGAACAAGGAAGUGAAACUGGCUCUGAAGAAAUUGAUGUGUCUGAGAUAA